CCAUAAACCAGCCGGUUGGACGUCACCACUAAUUCGUUUCAGCGGUGAUAGGAUAAAGCAGGGACAUUAAGAAAUAAAUUCCCCUUCACGACCCUCGCUGAGCUUGCUGCGCCGUCCCUGCAUAUUGAUGUAGCCGCAGGGCGCGAGCGGCUACUUAGCACAGCGGCUGCUCCGUGGGGCAGCUUCGGUCGGGGUGAGCGGGGUUGCGCGUGGGGACACUGGCAGCCUCCAGUCCUGAACUUGGCUGAGCUAGGGCGGAGCGAGGGGCUGGGAGGGGGCGGGGAGCGCUCCUUCUCUCUGGAAGCUCCUACCCCGUGGCGCUGCUGGAGCCCAGAGCAUCCUGCCCGGAGCGAGGCUCUGGAUCCGCGCGCUCAGCAGUCACGGGAGGAAGAGGCACGGGAGACAGAGUGAUCAGCGAAUCCACAGCCCUGGAACUGAGCGGGCUUGGAGGCAGCUCCAGGAGCCCCUAAUAUCACAUCUGCGACUGACAAGCUGGUGACCAAGAUGCUCAGAGUCUAGUCCCCAUGCUUGUGCGUCACUUGGGACGCAGUCACCAGACACUGCAAGCCUCCAGUCCUCCUGACCUGUUGCUUAGGGACACAUCCCAUCACUGCUCCUGACGUCUGCCUGGUCAACCUUGGCUUCCUUAGAGAACAAGGAAGGAGAAGGUGGGGAGACAGGAAAUCAUGCCACCCAAGGCCGAACGGCAGUAAGCAGGUGACGCCAAGCUGACGUCAAAGACAGAGGCGACAGAAACCCUGCAGCCAGCUUCUGUCCCAGAGUAGCUCGGGUUCCUGCAGGAGUCAUCUUAGCUUGGAGGUCUCCUGAAGGACGCGGACGCCAUGGAAGAGCAUACAUUUGGGGUUCAGCAGAUCCAGCCCAAUGUCAUUUCUGUCCGUCUCUUCAAACGCAAAGUUGGGGGUCUGGGCUUCCUGGUGAAGGAACGGGUCAGCAAGCCACCUGUGAUCAUCUCGGACCUGAUUCGAGGAGGCGCCGCAGAACAGAGUGGCCUUAUCCAAGCCGGGGACAUCAUUCUUGCUGUCAACGGCCGGCCCCUGGUGGAUCUCAGCUAUGACAGCGCCCUGGAGGUACUCAGGGGCAUUGCCUCUGAGACUCACGUGGUACUCAUUCUGAGGGGCCCUGAGGGCUUCACCACGCACCUGGAGACCACCUUCACAGGGGACGGGACUCCAAAGACCAUCCGGGUGACCCAGCCCCUGGGUCCACCCACCAAAGCUGUCGAUCUGUCCCACCAGCAGACAGCCAGCAAAGACCAGCCAUUGGCAGGAGACAGAAUCUCAGGCCCUGGGAAUGGGCCUCAGCAUGCCCAAGGCAAUGGGCAGGAAUCUGGCUCAGCUACCCAGACCAAUGGUCUGGCCGUUGACCCUUCGUUGAAAAGUACCAAGGCCAACCUCCAGGACAGUGGGGAACAUGAUGAACUGCUCAAAGAGAUAGAACCUGUGCUGAACAUCCUCAAUAGUGGGAGCAAAGCAGUCAACAGAGGCGGACCAGCCAACGCAGAGAUGAAAGACACAGGAGUCCAGGUGGACAGAGACCUCGAUGGCAAACCGCACAAAGCUCCGCCCCUGGGCGGGGAGAAUGACCGAGUCUUCAAUGACCUGUGGGGGAAGGGCAACACCCCUGUGGUCCUCAACAACCCAUAUUCAGAGAAGGAACAGCCCCCUGCCUCGGGGAAACAGUCCCCUACCAAGAAUGGCAGUCCUUCCAGGUGUCCCCGCUUCCUCAAGGUCAAGAACUGGGAGACAGAUGUGGUCCUCACUGACACCCUGCACCUAAAGAGCACAUUGGAAACAGGGUGCACGGAACACAUCUGCAUGGGCUCUAUCAUGCUGCCAUCCCAGCACACGCGGAAGCCAGAAGAUGUCCGCACAAAGGACCAGCUCUUCCCACUAGCCAAAGAAUUUCUCGACCAAUACUACUCAUCCAUUAAGAGGUUUGGCUCCAAGGCCCACAUGGACAGGCUGGAGGAGGUGAAUAAGGAGAUUGAGAGCACCAGCACCUACCAGCUCAAGGAUACCGAGCUCAUCUAUGGCGCCAAGCACGCCUGGAGGAACGCCUCUCGCUGUGUGGGCAGGAUCCAGUGGUCCAAGCUGCAGGUGUUUGAUGCCCGAGACUGCACCACGGCCCACGGUAUGUUCAACUACAUUUGUAACCACAUCAAGUAUGCCACCAACAAAGGGAACCUCAGGUCGGCCAUCACCAUAUUCCCUCAGAGGACUGAUGGCAAGCAUGACUUCCGGGUGUGGAACUCGCAGCUCAUCCGCUAUGCUGGCUACAAGCAGCCAGAUGGCUCUACCUUGGGGGACCCCGCCAAUGUGCAGUUUACAGAGAUCUGUGUCCAGCAGGGCUGGAAAGCCCCAAGAGGCCGCUUCGACGUUCUGCCGCUACUGCUCCAGGCAAACGGCAGUGACCCUGAGCUCUUCCAGAUCCCCCCGGAGCUGGUGCUGGAAGUACCCAUCAGGCACCCCAAAUUUGACUGGUUCAAGGACCUGGGGCUCAAAUGGUAUGGCCUCCCCGCCGUCUCUAACAUGCUGCUGGAGAUCGGGGGCCUGGAGUUCAGCGCUUGUCCCUUCAGCGGCUGGUACAUGGGCACAGAGAUCGGCGUCCGUGACUACUGUGACAACUCUCGAUACAACAUCCUAGAGGAAGUAGCCAAGAAGAUGGAUCUGGACAUGGGGAAGACAUCCUCGCUGUGGAAGGACCAGGCGCUGGUGGAGAUCAACAUCGCUGUUCUGUACAGCUUCCAGAGCGACAAGGUGACCAUCGUCGACCACCACUCUGCCACUGAGUCCUUCAUCAAACACAUGGAAAAUGAGUACCGCUGCAGAGGGGGUUGCCCGGCCGACUGGGUGUGGAUUGUGCCCCCCAUGUCAGGCAGCAUCACCCCUGUUUUCCACCAGGAGAUGCUCAACUAUCGACUCACUCCAUCCUUUGAGUACCAGCCCGAUCCAUGGAACACCCAUGUGUGGAAGGGCACCAACGGGACCCCCACGAAGAGGCGAGCCAUUGGCUUCAAGAAAUUGGCAGAAGCCGUCAAGUUCUCAGCCAAGCUGAUGGGACAGGCCAUGGCCAAGAGGGUCAAAGCUACCAUUCUCUAUGCCACAGAGACAGGCAAAUCACAAGCCUAUGCCAAGACCCUGUGUGAGAUCUUCAAACAUGCCUUCGACGCCAAGGCCAUGUCCAUGGAAGAGUAUGACGUCGUGCACCUAGAGCACGAAGCCCUGGUCUUGGUGGUCACCAGCACCUUUGGCAAUGGAGAUCCCCCUGAGAACGGGGAGAAAUUCGGCUGUGCUCUGAUGGAGAUGAGGCACCCCAACUCUAUGCAGGAGGAGAGGAAGAGCUACAAGGUCCGAUUCAACAGCGUCUCCUCCUAUUCUGACUCCCAAAAGUCAUCGGGCGACGGACCGGACCUCAGAGACAACUUUGAAAGCACUGGCCCCCUGGCCAAUGUGAGGUUCUCGGUAUUCGGCCUGGGCUCUCGGGCGUACCCCCACUUCUGUGCCUUUGGGCACGCAGUGGAUACCCUCCUAGAGGAGCUGGGAGGGGAGAGGAUUCUGAAGAUGCGGGAGGGCGAUGAGCUCUGUGGGCAGGAAGAAGCUUUCAGGACCUGGGCCAAGAAGGUCUUCAAGGCAGCCUGUGAUGUGUUCUGCGUGGGGGAUGACGUCAACAUUGAGAAGGCAAACAACUCUCUCAUCAGCAACGACCGCAGCUGGAAGAGGAACAAGUUCCGCCUAACCUAUGUGGCCGAAGCUCCGGAGCUGACACAAGGUCUUUCCAAUGUCCACAAAAAGCGAGUCUCAGCCGCUCGGCUCCUCAGCCGCCAGAACCUGCAGAGUCCUAAGUCCAGCCGAUCAACCAUCUUCGUGCGUCUCCACACUAAUGGGAAUCAGGAGCUGCAGUACCAGCCAGGGGAUCAUCUGGGCGUCUUCCCGGGCAACCACGAUGGUCUCGUGAAUGCCCUCAUUGAGCGACUGGAGGAUGCGCCACCCACCAACCACAUGGUGAAGGUGGAGAUGCUGGAGGAAAGGAACACGGCUCUGGGUAUCAUCAGUAAUUGGAAGGAUGAACCUCGCCUCCCACCCUGCACCAUUUUCCAGGCCUUCAAGUACUACCUGGACAUCACCACGCCGCCAACGCCCCUGCAGCUGCAGCAGUUCGCCUCCCUGGCCACCAGUGAGAAAGAGAAGCAGCGGCUGCUGGUUCUCAGCAAGGGGCUGCAGGAAUACGAGGAGUGGAAGUGGGGUAAGAACCCCACAAUGGUGGAGGUGCUGGAGGAGUUCCCGUCCGUCCAGAUGCCCGCCACACUUCUCCUCACUCAGCUGUCACUGCUGCAGCCUCGUUACUAUUCCAUCAGCUCCUCUCCAGACAUGUACCCCGACGAGGUGCACCUCACUGUGGCCGUCGUCUCCUACCACACCCGAGAUGGGGAAGGACCGGUUCACCACGGUGUGUGCUCCUCCUGGCUCAACCGAAUACAGGCUGACGAUGUAGUCCCCUGCUUCGUGAGAGGUGCCCCUAGCUUCCACCUGCCUCGAAAUCCCCAGGUCCCUUGCAUCCUGGUUGGCCCAGGCACGGGCAUUGCACCCUUCCGAAGCUUCUGGCAACAGCGACAAUUUGACAUUCAACAUAAAGGAAUGCAUCCCUGCCCCAUGGUCCUGGUCUUCGGGUGUCGACAAUCCAAGAUAGAUCAUAUCUACAGAGAGGAGACCCUGCAGGCCAAGAACAAAGGCGUCUUCAGAGAGCUGUACACUGCCUACUCCCGAGAACCUGACAGGCCAAAGAAAUACGUACAGGAUGUGCUGCAGGAGCAGCUGGCUGAGUCUGUGUACCGUGCCCUGAAGGAGCAAGGAGGCCAUAUUUACGUCUGUGGGGAUGUUACCAUGGCCGCUGACGUCCUCAAAGCUAUCCAGCGCAUAAUGACCCAGCAAGGGAAAUUGUCGGAGGAGGACGCUGGUGUGUUCCUCAGCAGACUGAGGGAUGACAACCGGUACCACGAGGACAUCUUUGGAGUCACCCUGAGAACAUACGAAGUGACCAACCGCCUUAGAUCUGAGUCCAUUGCCUUCAUUGAAGAGAGCAAAAAAGACACAGAUGAGGUUUUCAGCUCCUAACUGGAUCCUCCUGCCCCAUAGGAUGGUGGGGUGGCCACCCCAAGUGCCCAAGCAAGGGCGGCUGCAGGUUGACUAAACGCGGACACACAUGGCUAAACCUUCCCCAGGGGACCCCGAGUGGCCUCUUGUCCUGUUACUGUGUCCUGGUCCUUUCUCUCCCUCUGGGAUCUCUCACCCCCAACCCUGGGUUUUCUCCUUGACUCUUCUGCUUGGAUGCAUCGUCCUUGUACCCUGCAGUGGCUCUCACAAAACCGAGUCCUCCCUACCCACUGCUGCCAAGGGCAGGUUGCGGUGCAUGAAACCACUGGGUCAUGGCUGUCCCUCCCAUUGGGGUCUGAAGGUGGCUGGCACUGGGGCUUCAGAUCAUCCCCUCUUCCAUCCUUUUUUAUGAUGGUGUGGGGGGAUGUCAAGCCUAGCUCUUUGGGGUCUGUCCUUUUGCCUGCACAUGUGUGCUGACCUUACAUGUGAUUCCACUGCCUUCGUGAAGGGAUGUUCAGUGCCAUGAAACGUGUUCCUAGUUGUUGUUAAUCCCUCCCGUGUCCACCAUGACAGGCCUGCCUGCGUCAGCCUCCCUGGGACACAUCGAGCCCCCUUCCUAAUCUAGAUG